GUUGAACUAUGAGCUGGCUUAGCUAAUUGGGUUGUAAUUUUGUAUCUUCUUCUUCUUCAACCUAGAAUGCCCAAAACCAGAGCUGCUCUCUCUCUGUAUCUGAACUAAUGAUGGAGAAAGAAUCAAAGGUUGUGGGAGUAGGCCUCAUAAUACUCCUCCAUGUCUGGUUCCUUUCAAUUUGUGUUGCUACUGAAACCAAGGCCUGCAGGUCUUCUUGCGGGGAUAUCCAAAUCAGCGAUCCUUUUCGAUUAGAAGGUGAUUCAACUGGCUGCGGUUAUCCCGAGUAUGAAUUGGCUUGUAAAAACAACCGUACCAUAUUAGAUGGGAAAUACUAUGUCAAGGAGAUCAACUACAAUAACUACACCAUUAGAGUAGUAGUUCUUGGGAUAGAGAAGGGAAACUGUUUCUCUACUCCUCUCUAUUCCUUGGCACCAUAUAAUUAUAGAUUUGAAUCUGGUUUUGGACACAAUACCAUAGUUUUGAUGAACUGCACCAGGCAAAUCAGUGAUCAAAACUACAUUCCUAUUACUCCUUGCAAUACAAGUACCAACGGUUCUUCCCCUUCUUCACCAUCAUACGCUUAUGCUCUAGUUGGAAACUCCAAGCAGGUGGGUGAUCUUCCCUACUCGUGCACCUUUGGCACUACUGUUAUUACUGGUAAAUUGCAGGCAGUUUCAGAGCCCCCCAUUAGAUCAAUGUCAGAUGUGCAACAAAGCCUUCUUAUGGGGGUUGAGCUUUCAUUUUUGGGAUUCCGCUGCAGAGAAUGCGCGAAAGGCCUACUCUGCUAUGCAAAUAUUAGUAACAACACUAUACAAUGCUUCACAUGGCAUACCAGAAAAUAUUGGCUUAAGUUUUUGAAAGACGACGUACUGGUUCCAGUGGUCUCCUUCUUCACCCGUGCAUUUUUUCGAAGCCCUUUUACAAUCCAAGGUCUUAAAAAUUAUCUUGUCCAAAAUCUUGGUUCAUAUGACUCCAGGACUGUUGUAAUUGGAGCCUGGUUUCUUCAAAAGACUGUCAUAAUAAUCAUUGGAGGGCGCACUGUGAUUGGGAUAUCUUGCCUGCUUGGUUAUUUGAUCUACAAGUUUCGAAGAAGACACUUAUCCGCAGAUGAUAAUAUUGAAGAAUUUCUGCGAACUCAUCAAAAUCUCCAGCCCAUCAGGUACUCAUAUUCACAUUUAAAGAAGAUGACCAACAAUUUUAAGAGCAAGUUAGGCCAAGGAGGUUUUGCCUCCGUAUACAAAGGAAAACUUCGAAGUGGUCAUAUUGUAGCAGUAAAAAUGUUAACCAUGUCAAAAGCUAAGGAACAAGAUUUCAUCAAUGAAGUUGCUACAAUCGGAAGGAUUCACCAUGUUAAUGUGGUACGACUUGUUGGAUUUUGUGUAGAAAGAUCAAAAUGGGCUCUUAUAUAUGAUUUCAUGCCAAACGGGUCUCUUGAUAAGUUCAUCUUUUUUGAUGGAGAAAAGAGUGCUCCUUUGAGUUGGGAUAGAUUAUAUAUGAUUGCACUUGGAGUAGGACGUGGAAUUGAAUAUUUACAUCAAGGGUGUGACAUGCAAAUUCUACAUUUUGAUAUCAAGCCCCACAAUAUUCUUUUGGAUGAAAACUUUACUCCAAAAGUUUCAGAUUUUGGACUUGCUAAAUUAUAUUCAACAGAUGAAAGUGUUGUAUCCCUCACUGCAGCCCGAGGAACAUUAGGAUAUAUUGCUCCGGAGUUGUUUUAUAAAAACAUUGGAGGAGUAUCAUAUAAAGCUGAUGUUUAUAGUUUUGGAAUGUUAUUGAUGGAAAUAGUAGGAAAGCGGAGGCACAUGAGUGUUCAUGAGGAGAAUCUCAGUGAAAUAUUCUUCCCAUCAUGGAUUCAUGACAAAAUCAAACAGGGAGAAGAUAUUGAAAUUGGUGAUGCCAAAGAAGAAGAUAUGAAAUAUAUGAAAAAGAUGGUCAUCGUUGCAUUAUGGUGUGUGCAAAUGAAGCCCACAGACCGGCCUUCCAUGAGCAAAGCACUGGAGAUGCUGGAAGGUGAGGUUGAACUCUUGCAAAUGCCUCCUAAGCCUACUCUUUAUUCUCAUGAAAUGUCAGCUGAAGACCGGGAGAACAGUCCAAUUGGUGUACCAUUUUCCUCAUGCAAUGGUAAUAUUACAUUUAGCCUAGAUGGAAGGUAACUUACACAGUAUCUACUUGUAGACUCUCUCUCUCUCCCUCCCCCCCUCUCUCUAUAUAUGUAUAAGCUAGGCAGUAUGGAGCCUUGUUCCCUUUCUUUUCGGAUUCUAAGGUAUAUACCCAAAGUCUGAAUAAAAUAUGGAAACUAACAUUGAAUUUUUUUCUUAUGA